AUGUGGUGGCUGUUCCGCCAUUUAAGAUUCGUCCUUUUCGCUGCUUCCAUGGAGUUUGUCACAACUAAUGAUCAAUGCAGGACCGAAGUUAAUAUACAAGGAAUGGCUCUCAAGCGUUCUGUCUUCAAAAGAUGGUCACUGGCGGCACCUCACCUCUGCGAUGUCAAAUGUGGACUAGAGAUUUCGUGCCAAAGCUAUAACUACAAUCCAAAAUACCAAAUAUGUGAACUUAAUAACCGCACCAAGGAGGCGAAACCAGAGAAUUUCCUUUCAGCACCCGCGUGGUUUUACAUUCGGCGAUUGAACGGCAGAGGUAAGAAAUCAAAGUCUUUCUAUCUAUGUGAUUUCUUUUUCUUUUAAAUCUUAUCCAUCAUCAGCCUGGUUCCUUCGCACGUGGAAGAACUAAGAAUAGGAGCCGAGCGUAAAACAUAUCUUUACUGCAGCUCCCUAGGUUCUAUCCCUGAAUCAACGGCGCUGUCUUGUCACGAAAUAAAGGCGAGUGAAGGUAAACACACCAUAAGCGGCAAGUACUGGCUGGAUCCAACUGGGAAAGGAAAGGCAAAACUGAUUUACUGUGAUAUGGUUAACGAAGGUAGGUCCCAUAACUUUGCUUGA